CAUCCUGUAAUUACUAAAUAAAAGGAGAAGCUAAGAAAUAAGGCGAUUUUAGUUGGACAGUUAAAUAAUGGCCUUCCUCAAAAUCUACGGAAACGGAGUUUGUAGCACCCAAGGAAAAAGUGAAGGCAAGAGGAGUUCCCCUUUCCUUAUUCCUAAACGUCUCUCCAGAUGUUCACGAACCAAACAACAGCUGCGGAGGAAGAGGACUAUGGAGAAGAUGGAGAGGAGCAUGAAGAAGUUGAAAAAAGAAAUGGAAGAGAUAGGUGAGGAGCAGAAACAGAUAAGGGAGGGGCAGAGGCAAGUUAGGGAAAAAUUUGAGGCGAUGGAAGAAGAAUGCAAGCAGCUCCGGGAGGAAACUAGGCAGAUAACAAUGCAGAGCAAGAACACUCAACUUCGUCUAGCCCUCAUGUUUCAGAUCCUCAAGGCUAGGGAGAACAAUGAUCUUGUUAGAGCUACUGAACUUACUCGAUUUCUCCGUGAACUGAUUGCCAACCAGAACAGGCAGAUUAAGUCUACCUAAGUUGCUCUGUACCAAAUUGUGUUAAGUUGAGAAUCACACGCACGAUAACUGGAAAAAAUAAAAGUGUUUUUUUUUUUUUUUCUGUAUUUUGAAUGGACGUGACUACUCCAUGUCUUUAAGCAUCCAUUCGGUGUGCCUAUGUAUUGUGUUUGUUUAAGUUAUUACCAAAACGGUUCUGUUUAUGUAUUUGUUAAAAAGACUUGAGUAUCUAAGCUAGGAGCUUUGCUGACUGAAGAACAAUUUCCUGUA